AUGCAUAGCGGCUUGCACACCGGCGGCCAUUACGUCACCGAGCGCGUGAAGAACGCGGUUGAUGGCUGUGUGAACGUUUUCGUUGACGCCGGUGCCAGCAUAGGUGUUCACACGCGAUUCCUCUUUGAGCCGGCAUUUUACAACGACUCCAAGUUUGUUGCCGUCUUCGAUCGCGUCUUUGGUGUCGACAGAAACCUCACUUGCUCGCUCGGCUUUGAGCCCAAUCCGAUACACAAGGCGCGCCACGAAAAGAUGCAGCGCGUGUAUGCUCGGAUGGGCUGGAGGUACACGUUCUUCCCCAUGGCGCUGGGAACGGCGUCGGAGGAGCUGGUCUUCCACGAGAAUGGAGAUUUCGAAGACAACGGCAAAGACAAUGAAUACUGGGGCUUCGGCGUGACGAACUUCAACGAAGCCUUCCGGGGGGCGAGCAACCGCACGGGGCAGAACCCGACG